AUGGGGGAAGGAGUGACACUUAGCUAUAGUGCAGAUCUGAUUAUCGCGGCGUUUGAGCAGAAGCCUCUGCUAAUGGGCCUGAAGGACGGGGAAGCUGUCCCUCUGCUUUAUUUGGAAAUUCUUUAUCCUGUUUCUUUACGCCUGAAAAAGGCUUUCGAUACUGUACGCCAUGGUUUCCCCUAUCAACCUUCAGCCUUGGCAUUUGAUCCGGUUCAGAAAAUACUGGCCAUUGGGACUCAGACUGGAGCACUAAGGCUCUUUGGUCGGCCAGGAGUUGAAUGCUACUGUCAACAUGACAGUGGAGCUGCAGUAAUCCAACUUCAGUUCCUGAUUAAUGAGGGAGCUCUUGUGAGUGCCUUGGCUGACGACACCUUACACCUGUGGAACUUGCGCCAGAAGAGACCAGCUAUACUUCAUUCACUCAAAUUUAACCGGGAACGGAUAACAUUUUGUCACCUGCCUUUCCAAAGCAAAUGGCUGUAUGUGGGCACCGAAAGAGGAAACAUUCACAUUGUCAAUGUGGAAUCAUUUACUCUCUCAGGCUAUGUCAUCAUGUGGAAUAAAGCCAUUGAACUGUCAUCCAAAUCUCACCCAGGACCUGUUGUCCACAUUAGUGACAAUCCAAUGGAUGAAGGAAAGCUUCUGAUUGGCUUUGAAUCUGGGACGGUGGUAUUAUGGGACCUGAAGUCAAAGAAAGCAGAUUACAGAUAUACACAUGAUGAGGCUAUCCACUCUGUGGCUUGGCAUCAUGAAGGAAAACAAUUCAUUUGUAGUCACUCAGAUGGUACCUUGACCAUAUGGAAUGUAAAAUCUCCUACCAAACCAUUCCAGACAAUCACUCCACACGGAAAGCAGCUGAAGGAUGGAAAGAAGCCAGAACCCUGCAAACCUAUCCUUAAGGUGGAAUAUAAAACAACUAGAGCUGGGGAGCCUUUCAUCAUUCUCUCAGGAGGCUUGUCGUACGACACUGUAGGAAGAAGACCCUGUUUAACAGUCAUGCAUGGGAAAAGUACUGCUGUGCUAGAAAUGGAUUAUUCUAUUGUUGACUUUCUAACCCUGUGUGAAACACCAUAUCCUAAUGACUUUCAGGAACCAUAUGCUGUAGUUGUUCUCCUAGAAAAGGACUUAGUACUGAUUGACCUUGCACAAAAUGGGUAUCCUAUAUUUGAGAAUCCCUAUCCUUUGACUAUACACGAGUCUCCAGUUACCUGUUGUGAGUAUUUUGCUGAUUGUCCUGCGGAUCUCAUACCUGCAUUCUAUUCAGUUGGUGCUCGACAGAAACGUCAGGGUUACAGUAAGAAGGAAUGGCCUAUCAGUGGAGGCAACUGGGGUUUGAUCACACAGAGCUAUCCAGAGAUAAUUAUUACAGGGCAUGCUGAUGGAUCAAUCAAGUUUUGGGAUGCAUCAGCAAUAACGCUGCAAGUACUCUAUAAGCUAAAAACAGCCAAAGUAUUUGAAAAAUCACGGAAUAAAGAUGACAGGCCAAACACAGAUAUAGUAGAUGAAGAUCCAUAUGCUAUUCAGAUCAUCUCAUGGUGUCCAGAAAGUAGAAUGCUGUGCAUAGCUGGAGUUUCUGCACAUGUCAUUAUUUACAGGUUCAGCAAGCAGGAAGUGACAACGGAAGUCAUUCCGAUGCUGGAAGUACGUCUCCUAUAUGAAAUAAAUGAUGUUGAAACUCCAGAUGGUGAGCAGGUGCCACCUGUACCAACUCCAGGCACAGGUUCCAAUCCUCAAUCCAUUGUUCCCCAGUCUCAUCCAUCUACCAGUAGCAGUUCAUCUGAUGGACUUCGUGAUAAUGUCCCAUGUUUAAAAGUUAAAAAUUCUCCUCUCAAGCAGUCUCCAGGCUACCAAAUUGAGCUCGUUAUCCAGCUGGUGUGGGUGAGUGGAGAACCUCCUCAACAGAUAACCAGCUUAGCUGUCAACUCAGCGUAUGGCCUAGUAGUUUUUGGAAACUGUAAUGGUAUUGCCAUGGUUGAUUAUCUCCAGAAGACAGUGCUCUUGAAUCUAGGCACUAUUGAACUGUAUGGCUCCAAUGAUCCCUAUCGUAGGGAGCCACGAUCUCCCCGAAAAACUCGGCAGCCAUCCGGAGGUCUUUGUGAUAUAAAUGAAGGUACAGUGGUGCCAGAAGACCGCUGCAAGUCACCCACGUCAGGUUCUGGUUCACCAAACAAUUCUGAUGAUGAACAAAAAAUGAAUAAUUUUAUAGAAAAGGUGAAGACCAAAAGCAGAAAGUUUUCCAAGAUGGUAACCAAUGACAUAGCAAAGAUGUCCAGGAAGCUAAGUUUGCCAACUGAGUUAAAGCCUGAUUUAGAUGUCAAAGACAACUCUUUCAGUCGAUCCCGGAGUUCUAGUGUAACUAGCAUUGAUAAGGAGUCACGUGAGGCAAUUUCAGCUCUUCAUUUCUGUGAGACGUUCACAAGAAAGGCUGAUACAUCACCUUCCCCUUGCCUGUGGGUUGGGACCACGCUGGGUACAGUGCUUGUCAUUGUACUGAACUUACCCCCAGGAGGAGAGCAGAGACUUCUUCAGCCAGUAAUUGUUUCUCCUAGUGGAACCAUCCUGAGGCUAAAAGGUGCAAUCUUGAGAAUGGCUUUUUUGGACACCACAGGAUCUUUGGUCCCACCAGCGCAUGAACCCUGGAGAGAACACAAUGUUCCUGAAGAUAAAGAUGAAAAAGAAAAAGCAAAAAAGCGACGACCUGUCUCAGUGUCCCCUUCUUCCUCUCAGGAAAUCAGUGAAAACCAAUAUGCAGUGAUAUGUUCAGAAAAGCAAGCAAAAGUUAUCUCACUGCCAUCCCAGAACUGUAUUUAUAAGCAAAAUAUAACAGAGACUUCUUUUGUUCUUCGUGGAGACAUAGUGUCAUUGAGUAACAGUAUCUGCCUUGCAUGUUUCUGUGCCAAUGGACAUAUUAUGACUUUUAGUUUGCCAAGUUUAAGGCCAUUGUUGGAUGUAUAUUACCUGCCACUCACCAAUAUGAGGAUAGCCAGAACAUUCUGCUUCACCAAUAAUGGACAAGCACUGUAUCUUGUCUCACCAACUGAAAUACAGAGGCUCACCUACAGCCAGGAAACAUGUGAAAAUCUUCAGGAAAUGUUGGGUGAGCUCUUCACUCCUGUAGAAACACCAGAAGCACCAAACAGGGGGUUCUUUAAAGGCCUGUUCGGAGGUGGGGCACAGUCACUUGACAGAGAAGAACUCUUUGGAGAAUCAGCAUCUGGGAAGGCAUCAAGGAGUCUUGCCCAGCAUAUUCCAGGACCUGGGGGUAUCGAAGGUGUCAAAGGAGCAGCAUCCGGUGUAGUUGGUGAACUGGCACGAGCCCGGUUGGCACUGGAUGAAAGAGGACAGAAACUGGGAGAACUGGAAGAAAAAACUGCAGCAAUGCUUUACAGUGCUGAUUCUUUCUCAAAACACGCUCAUGAGAUGAUGUUGAAGUACAAAGACAAGAAGUGGUACCAAUUCUGAUGACUCUCAUCAAUCACAUCUGUUUAAUUUUGUCCUGAUGAAAAAAAAAAAAUCCUGUUUUUUUCAUUAAUUUUGGCAGGACCAGUGAAAUUUAAAGGAGUAUUCACCAUCGGAUACUGUUGUUUCCUAGCACAAAUGACACACUGUUUUACCUCAGUCCUGGCUUUAACUGAGGAGCUUUAUAUCUAAGAAACACACACACAAAAGAAAAAGAAACUUGAGUGUUUCUUAGCUGUUGGUUAGCAUAAGGUUGGAAAAGAAAAGGUAACUGGAACACAUGGAAAAGAGAGUAAAGGGAAAUCGUGAUGAGAUGGGCAGGGGCAAUGCAGGGUCAAUCCUGUGUUAAUAUUUCAUAUGCCAAAAGUUUUUGUGCUAUUGUAAUUGCUGCCAGUGUUAUACCCUCCUGUAAGGAGAGGCAAUAAAUCAGGGGUCCAAGAGCUGGAAUCAAGUUGUUUGUCUUGCUGGACAGUAGCUGACUUACAAUUACCCUCUCUAGGACUCACUAUAUUUACCAUUAUUGUUGAAGAAGAUUUGAAGUUUGCUGUCACUUCUUUCAUUUGAAAAGUUGGAAGCUUGGAAGAUUUCUUAUUGAAAAUUGUAUACAUAGUUGACCUGUGCAUAGUCUUUUUUGGACCCCUGAUCUAGUAUUCUUGUAUUCACAUCAUAUUCUGUGACGUGAAAAGCAAAAGAACACGUAAUUUUUGCAUUAAAAAAGUCAAGUGAAUAAUAUGGCUGGAAUGUGUCAUGCUGGGAGUUUUCAUUUGUGUUAUGGCUGUGCAAUGUGAAAUGUGGUAACAUCUUCCUUGUGGUAAGAAUUCUUCAACUUCUGUUCAGUUAAAUGUUAUUUUUGCCAAAAAUAGUUAUUGGUUCAGGUUGUGUAACAUUUAGAAUUGGCUGUGGGUUCCAUUCAUGCCGUGAGUUUUUAUAGAUGUUUAACAGAAUGUAUCUUUACAGCCAUUAAUUAAAAUAUCUGAGAUAGUUUUGCUCAAGA